AAAUUCUAGACAAAGAGGUUAAAUCUAGAGACCCAGUAUGGAAUUAUUUUAAUGAAACAGAAAUUUCACAUGAUUCUCACCUGUCAGCACAAAGUAAAUUUUGCUUCAAGUCAUGGAAGUGCGAUAAACCUUCUGACUUGAAAGAGUAUUUAGCUCUGAAAUGCUCAUUGGUUAAUAUAUAA